UCAGAUGUUUUUGGUGUCAACAACGUGGACAUGUUGCAGCAGUAUGUAAUGGAGUCAGAAGAUGUGGGAGAUGUGGGAAGGACAACUACAAUGUGGAAGAUCGUGAAGUUGAGAAAGGGCACGCAAAGUGCCUGCACUGCAAGGUUUUACCAUGGAGGGGACCUCAAAAUGUGAUGCUGCUGGUGAAACCUCUGUUGCAGCACAAGUUCCCUUCCAUCACCUGUGCAACACCUUAGAAAAAAUCCAGAAGUCCAAAUUCCGUCCAGAUAAAGCCAAGUUCCUUAGGGAUUUCAUUGAUUCAUGGAGGAAGUUCCAUGCUGCCUUGCACAAAGACAGCCCCCAAACAACAGACUCUUUCUACCAGGCCAUACGCCUCAUAGUUCCUUCUUUUGAACGGGAACGGAUGGCCUAUGGCAUCAAAGAAAGCAUGUUAGCUAAACUUUACAUUGAUGUAUUAGGCCUCCCAAAUAAUGGCCCAGAGGCUAACAAACUAAUUAACUAUCGAGGCCCCAAUACAUCCCAGGGGGAGUCUGGCGACUUUGCUGGCAUGGCCUACUUUGUUCUAAAGAAACGCUGCAGCAGCCAAGGAAGCCUUACCAUCCAAGAAGUCAAUAACUUUCUUGACUCUGUAGCCAUCAACAAUGCUAGCAAGCAGAAAGACCUUGUGAAAAAAAGCCUCCUGCAUCUCAUUACCCAUAGUUCAGCCCUGGAGCAAAAGUGGCUCAUUAGAAUGAUUCUGAAGGAUAUGAAACUUGGAAUCAGCAAAGAAACUGUUCUCCAAGCCUUUCACCCAGAUGCCCCAGAGCUCUUCAAUGUCACCACGGACCUGAACAAGGUGUGCCAGCAGCUCCAUAACCCCUCUGUGUCCCUAAGCGAAGUUUCCAUUGGACUCUUCUCUGCCUUCAAGCCUAUGUUAGCAGCCGUUGCUAACAUCCGCCAAGUGGAGAAGCAGAUGGGCAACAGCCCCUUCUUUAUUGAGACAAAGCUGGAUGGAGAGCGCAUACAGCUGCAUAAAAACGGGGACGUAUACAAGUACUUUACCCGAAACGCUUUUGAGUACACCCAGCAAUUUGGUACAUCACCACUCAAGGGCUCAUUAACACCAUACAUCCACAACAUUUUUAAGCCUCACAUUGUGAACUGUAUUCUUGACGGUGAAAUGAUGGCAUACAACCCCACCACAGAGACCUUCAUGCAAAAAGGGAGCAAAUUUGACAUUAAGAGGUUGAUGGAUGACUCAGAGUUACAUACAUGCUUCUGUGUGUUUGAUGUAUUGUUAAUCAACGAUCAGAAGUUUGGCAAGGAGACUUUGAGAAAGCGCCAUGAGAUGCUCCAGACAGUCUUCACUUCCAUCAAGGGUAGGAUACAAGUGGUACCUAAGAAUGAAGCCAACACCAUGCAAGAGGUAGUGAAUGCCCUCAAUGAAGCCAUUGAUAAUAGAGAGGAGGGGAUCAUGGUGAAGGACCCACUAUCAAUUUAUAAGCCUGACAAGCGGGGAGAAGGUUGGCUGAAAAUUAAGCCAGAAUAUGUAGAUGGUUUAAUGGAUGAGCUUGAUCUGCUGAUUGUUGGUGGCUAUUGGGGUAAAGGAAGACGAGGUGGCAUGAUGUCCCAUUUCUUAUGUGCCGUUGCUGAAGCUCCAAGUCCUGGUGAGAAACCCACAGUCUUCCACACCCUCUGCCGCAUUGGCUCUGGCUACACCAUGAAGGAACUUUAUGAUCUGGGCUUAAAACUAGCGAAACACUGGAAAGUCUACCGGAAAAGUGAUCCACCAACAUCCAUCCUGUGUGGGACAGAGAAACCUGAGGUCUACAUCGAACCCUGCAACUCCGUCAUUAUCCAGGUCAAGGCUGCUGAAAUAGUAGGAAGUGACAUGUAUAAAACCAACUGCACUCUACGCUUUCCAAGGAUUGAGAAGAUCCGUGAGGACAAGCACUGGCACGAGUGUAUGACUCUGGCAGAGCUGGAUGAGUUCCGCUGCAAGGCAUCUGGGAAGCUUGCCUCGCGACAUCUUUCCAUUGAUGGAGCAGAACCAGAAAAGAAGAAGCGAAAGCUGCUGGCCAAACCCAAGAAGGUGGUGGGGAUUGUUGAGCACUUCAGGCAACAGGAUCUUUCAGGGGUUACAAAAGAGACAGAUUUUUUUGAGGAUGUAGAAUUCUGCAUCCUUAAUGGAAGCAAAGACCACCCCAAGGCAGAGCUGGAGAAAGUCGUAACCAGGUGUGGGGGUAUUGUGGUACAAAACCCAGGACGGGACACGUACUGUGUGAUUGCUGGCGCUGAGAACAUGCGUGUGAAAAACCUGAUUUCCUCUGACCAGCAUGAUAUAGUGUGGGCUUCUUGGCUUCAGGAGUGCUUGGACAGGAGAGAAGUGGUGCCAUGGCAACCACAACACAUGAUCCAUAUGUCUCCCUCCACUAGGGAGCACUUUGCCAAGGAAUAUGACCGCUAUGGAGACAGCUACUUUGUGGACACGGAUGAACAGCAGUUGAGGGAGUUGUUUGGCAGGAUCAGGGAUGUUGACAGGUCUGCGGCUCUGAACUUGGGUCAAGUGGACGAAAGAUAUGGCUGGGAUGACCUUAAAACAAGUAUGUUCAGGCCCUUCAAUGUUUACAUGGACCGUUACAGAGACAUUGGGGACCCCGAAACUGCUGUAAUUGCAACUUGUCUAGACAUCCGGGAGCUGGAGUUUCGCUACCAUGGGGGAACCGUGGUCCAGAAGUUGGAAGAAGGGGUCUCCCAUGUCAUAAUUUCUGAGGAAGCUCGGGUGUUAGAUUUUAGGACCCUCAGACGACUGUUUGAGAAAAAGUUUAAAAUUAUAAAAGAAUCUUGGGUGACUGAUUCUAUCCAAGCAGGGUAUGUAAAGAAUGACAGUGACUAUUUGGUUUGAAGUCUGUGCUGGUGAUGCAACGAAACUUUGAACUAACGUUGAACAGGAUUAACAUGAAUUUUAAAUUAGCUCCUAAUGAAACUGAUAUUUGAUACAAAGAAUAUUUAAGCUCUAUUAGAUGAGCACCUUUCAAAUCACCAGGGUCUCUGGAGAUGAAUAUGAUGUGAUGACAUAUCUAUAUGUAUGUAUACACAGAUAUCAUUUAACAAAUAGAAGAUUACAGUCUUGAUUUAAUUUUCCUGUGGUUUUAUUUUGUGAGAGGUUUAAGUUUUCAGAUGAUAAUAUUUAUUGAUCUUUAAUGGAAAGGCCAAUAUCAAGCCCCCCCCCCCUUGUUUUUUUUUGUUGUCUUUUAGCGUGUCACAGUUUUCACUGCAAUAUACUGUUAAUCCAUUUUCGGAAUAAGUGUUUUUUGGUAAUUGCUCAAAAUGUUUUGUAAUUAAAGGUAAUCA